AUGAGUGCGCCGACACCAGCGAACUCGGCCUUGGCCAUCAUCGACCUCCAAAAUGACUUCUGCCCUCCGCACGGCGCUCUGGCAGUGACAGGCGGCCGUGACAUAGCCCCAGCAAUCAACACCCUCCUUUCCCUCCCCUUCGCCCUCAAACUCGCAACCCGCGACUUCCACCCACCCGACCAUAUCAGCUUCGCCAGCCAACACACAGGCAAGAAACCCUUUACCGACAGCCACACGAUCGUGAGCCCGAAGAAUCAGGAGGAGGAGCAGACAACACUUCUGUGGCCCGACCACUGCGUUCAAGGAACACCCGGUUGCGAACUGAUACCCGAACUCCACACCUCCUCCCUUCACUUUAUAGUAGACAAAGGUCAAGACAAGCGCGUAGAGUCCUACUCCGCCUUUGGGCCUCCUUUCCGCCGCCCUCGCGUGGGGAUGACAGAGCUGGAUGCCAAGCUGAAGGAGAAGGGUAUCGAGCAUGUCUUUGUGUGUGGGCUGGCGUGGGACUUCUGCGUGCAGAGUACGGCUGUAGAUGCUGUGGAGCAUGGCUACAGCACGUACGUGAUUGAGGAGCUGACGAAGGGUGUGGAUCAAAGUGAGGAUGGGCAUGAGAAGACCAAGGCAGAGAUGGAGAAGUCGGGUGUGAAGGUCAUUGGGCUGGAGAGUCCUGAGCUAGAUGCUAUACGGAAGAAGUAG